UGUGUAUAUAUAUAUAUAACGAAUUAGUUCUUUAGCAAAGCCACAUUAAGCUACGAUCAGUUGAGUAGCAGACUGAUCGUAGCAGCCAUGCUGACAAGAAGGAAUGGCCGACGCGCAACUCGAAGCACGAAAAGAAAACUAAGGGACAACAAACUAACUAGGAGUAUCAAGAGGAUCAGAGCUGACAUGGCGGAGAUCAACGAGGGCCACGAACGCAUACGACAUGGACAAAAAGAAGUGAGGCAGAAAUUUGAAGAAAUAAGCAAAGAGACUGCCAAACUGAAAGAGGAAACUAAUAUAAUCUCCAAGCAGAGCGCUGCAAAUCAAGUCAGGCUGGACCUCAUGUUUCAAAUUAUCAAAGCAAGAUCAGAGAAUGAUGCCCCCAGGGACGCCGUUCUGACUCAAAUCUUGCGGGAACUAAUUAAUGGCAGAGCAGAACCUGAGCUCAAGCAAGCUCCCCGAGGAGAGGCAAUAACAAGAUCAAUAAAUUAACCAUGCUUGUGCGCGCGCAUACACUUCGAUUUAGGUAGUUUAUGAUUGAAUAAGUAUAAAACAACAACCAAUUUAUAUAAAAAGAAUAGAGAAGAGUUCUCUCAUCACAAGGCUUAAGUCCUUGAUAUGCAAAUUGUAUGAUCCUUCACGGCUUUGCACUCGCAUCAAUCCAUAUUUGUAAAGGACUUGUUAGCCACGUUGACAUGCUCAAUUGUAAUUAAGCCGGUUCCGACAUCUAUUUUAGAGGGAAAACAUUCUUGUA